GAACUGUGAAGGCUAGCAGUUUCCUCUGUCACAAUUCCUUGUCGCAACCCACUCUCUCCCUCCCCCCUUCAAUAAACAGCUAUAUAUUCCUUAUAUAUAUAGAUAUCUCUGCUUAGCUUCCAUCAACUCAUAUUCUAUAUAAGCAUAUAAGGAACUUUAUGCAUUUCAGUUCUCUCUUAUCUUUUAUUUUCAGUUUUUCACCUUAAAAUAUAAUUAAAUUUGAUUUGUUUGGAAUUACUACUAGCUAGUUUCUCUGAGAAUCAAAAAUGAAGAAGAGAAGCAUGAGUAGCAAUUCACGGUCGAAAAUAGAUCGAAAGACGGUGGAGAAGAACAGAAGGAUUCACAUGAAAGGUCUAUGCUUCAAGCUUGCUGCUCUCAUUCCACAUCACUACCUCAAAUCCUCCGAUAAGGACAUGCUAUCACAACAAGAUCAACUUGAUCAUGCUACCUCUUACAUAAGACAUCUAAGAGAAAGAGUAGAGAGACUGAAUGACAGAAAGGAACGAGCGACGAGGUCGAAAACAGAAAACAAUUUAACGGAGGAUCAUAAUAACAUGAUGAUUGGGAUUGGAUCAACCUCAACAAUACCAACAUUUGAAUUAAGGGAAUUGGGUUCUAUCAUAGAAGUGAUAUUGAUAAGUGGGGUUAUCAGGAACUUCAUGCUCUAUGAAGUUGUUAGUAUUCUUGAACAAGAAGGGGCAGAGGUUGUUAGUGCUAGCUUUACAACUGUUGGUGAUAAGGUCUUUCAGACAAUCCAUGCUCAGGUUAGGAUUCCUAGGCUUGGAGUGGAGAUUUCAAGAGUCAACCAGAGACUGCAAGACCUGAUUUACUGAUCAAAGCUGUUGUAGAUUUGAUGAUCAUCAAGAUCUCCAUGGAAAUGAGAACAAUUUAUUUGCUGUGCUGGACACUGGAUGCUGAGUGAGCAUAUAUAUAUAUAUAUAGAGAGAGAGAGAGAGAGAGAGAGAGAGAUUGUAGUAUACUGCAUGGGAAUAGUAUAUAUAUUUGGAACACCUCGUCCUAUUCUGCAACUCAUUUUUCUCCUUUUUUUGCCCCAUAUUAUAAGCAGUCUCUGUGGGGUUUGGGUUUAUUUGCUGGGUUACUGUACUUAUUUGUUUGAGCCUAUGGCUUGUCUUCUAUGGCUUGUUAAAGCCUUCUAUCAAUAAUAUACCAUGAUUUAUCAAAAAAAA